GCCCGCCGCGCUGACCCUGCUCAUCCCAGCCUCGGGCAGAGGGUCAGCGGGAGGCCGGGGCGAGGAGAGUCCAACCCCACGAGCCGCCAAGCGAGCAGCCCCGCUUAAAUACCUCCGCGCCCGCCUCCCCGAGCCGCACAGCUCGCCGGGCGAGGGGCCGACAACAAGCAGCCUCCUCCCGUCGCCACCGUCGGGGACCUGCGCGCCCGCGUACCGCCGCUGAGGAGCAGGGACAGAACGGCCGCAUGCCUGCUCACUUGCUGCAGGAGGAGGAGUUCUCCUCCGGUUCCAGCACCACCACUGUCGGCACUGUCACCUCCCGGGUGACCAAGAAUGGGGAUGCUGUCAUGGAGAAGAAUGUACUCAAUCAUGAGGACUUGGCAGGAGACCGGGGCAUGAUAGAUGAUAUCUUUGAUGAGACCUACCGGGAGAAAGAGGGCCCCAAGCCUCCCAUGCGAUACGUCUGGAGGAAUAUCAUCCUCAUGAGCCUUCUCCAUUUAGGGGGCCUAUUCGCAUUGACACUGAUACCUUCUGCAAAGAUCCAGACAUUGGCAUGGGCUUUUCUGUGUUUCCUGCUGAGUGCUCUUGGGAUAACAGCUGGAUCUCACCGCCUCUGGAGCCAUCGGUCCUACAAAGCCACGCUGCCCCUGCGGAUCUUCCUGACUAUUGUAAACUCCAUGGCCUUCCAGAAUGACAUCUAUGAGUGGGUCCGGGACCACCGUGUCCAUCACAAGUUCUCCGAGACAGAUGCGGACCCACACAAUGCCAUGCGGGGCUUCUUCUUCUCCCACAUCGGCUGGCUGCUGGUGCGCAAGCACCCAGAUGUCAUAGAGAAGGGCCAGAAGCUGGAUCUGAGUGACAUAAAGGCUGACAAAGUGGUCAUGUUCCAGCGGAGAUACUACAAGCCCUCGGUGGUGUUGCUGUGCUUCAUGUUGCCCACCUUAGUGCCCUGGUACUUCUGGGAUGAAUCCAUCACCAUCAGCUUCUUCAUUCCAGCCAUCCUGCGCUACACCCUAGGGCUCAAUGCCACUUGGCUAGUGAACAGUGCUGCCCACAUGUUUGGCAACCGGCCGUAUGAUCAGUACAUCAACCCACGGGAGAACCCCCUGGUCAGCCUGGGGGCUCUAGGAGAAGGCUUCCACAACUACCACCACACCUUCCCCUAUGACUACUCCACUAGUGAGUUUGGCUGGCGCUUCAACUUAACCACAGCCUUCAUUGACCUCAUGUGCCUCUUGGGGCUGGCCAGCGAUCGCAAGAAGGUCUCCAAGGAGGUCAUCCUGGCUCGGAAAAUGCGGACUGGAGAUGGGAGUCACAAGAGUGGCUGAGUUCCUGCUCCCUUCACACACACAUCCACACCUCUCCUUCCUCCUUUUUUCUCCCUCUCUCCCUUCCUGACCCCUCUGAACACGCUGGACAAAGAUUUAAUGUUCUGUUUACUGACUACUGAAUAAUGCUACCAGUUUGCUUACAAUAAUGAGUUUUAACCCCCCUUCCAUGCUGUAUUUUACACGAUGCACUUAAGAUCUAGGACUCUGCCUUUUAUAACACAAGGCCACCCCUUUCCCUCCUCUCCUUUCUGUUCUUUCUCUCCAGCCCCUCUACCCCAAUUCCCACUGCUUUAUGUCGUCCUAGUCUCUCCCUGGCAUAGGAGCUGGUUGGAAGCAGCCUGGGGGAGGUCCACUGCAGCCGGCUAUAUACUAUGGAGUUAAAGGAAGCCUGUACCAGCCAGCUGAAGAGCCAUAGUCAGUGGCCCCCUCCCCACCACCUUCCCCCCAAAAUUCUUUCCUCUGUCCCUCCUUCUUUCUCAGGGGCUGCUGACAGAUGUGGCAUGGCUAAACUCUCCCUGGGAAAAGUAGCCCCAUUCACUUCUCUUGCCAUUGGAAAGAGAUGUCUCUUGCAAAGUGUUCUCCCUCUCAUCCCUCUGCACAGCCUGUCUGGCUGGGGAGGCGAGAGCCCCCAGAAUCUCUCAGAGCUCCAGCCAGGUCCAUCAGUGGCCAGGAUGUGUGGUGGCCACAGUAGGCACUGGAGGGGGAGCCUUGGUGGCCUUAUUACCUCCUCCCCCUGGCAUCACAGCCUCUCUCCCUGCACUGCCUGAUGUACCCUGUGCCACCAGGGACUGAAGGCAGAGCCACAGUGAUGAGGGGGAUAGUUGGAGGGGUGUGCCACUGGUGCCAUAGGAUGGCACCAGGCUGGGGUAGUUUUGUUCACCACCACCACUGAGAAUUUUGCUGGCAAAUAGGACUUUGCCAAAACAGAUAAGGGGAAAAGGAUGUAAACCAAAGCUCCAUGGCUGAGUUAAGCUGCUUUAUGUGCUGGAGAAACAGGGUCCCCGCUGGGUGGCAGGCAGAUGUCCUGAUGUCCAUGUCUGCCCUGCACAUCCACAUCCUGUGCUGAGUGCAGGGACAGCGUAAGGGAGCACCUGCAGGCAUAGGGAGGAGAGUAUCUGCAAGAGCAUCCCUCCAUCAUCAGGGGCUCCACUCAGUCGAUAAACAAGUGCUUGAGAAGCACCAACAUGGGGCCAGGCGGCACGGGGUCUCAAGGGAGUCAGGACCUCCAAGGUGAGACACUGCUGCCAGUGUCUGCCAGCUCCAGGCUUUCCUGCCCAGGGUCCACUGGGGUCAUUUGCCAUUCCCUGCUCAUCCCUAAGUCCCUUAUCUUGCCUCUCAGCCCCCUCAGCGGGCCAUCUCACCACCUCACUCUUUCACUGGCGAGACAGGCAGCGAGGGUGGCUGCAGAAAGGUCAGUUAUAUCACUGAUAUGAUGUGGGCACGAAGCUGGAGAGUGCUGGGGAAAAAACCCUUGUGUGUGUUGUUUCCUGUGAGUUGCAGAGACCACAGGUUGAGUUCAGGCAGUGGGUUAGGUUCUGGGCUUGUGGCCCCUAAGCCCAUCACUGGGCUGAAUGUGCUUCUUUUUUCCCCCUUAACUCUCCCCAUUACUAUUAAUUUUUAUUAUUAUUAUUAGUUGUAGUAAUAGUAUUGGUUUUGUUGCUUAAAUGCAUCAAAUGGAGCUGGCGGAAAGCACAAGAGGUGGCUGGAAUGAGGUGAUACUGGACUGGGGUUUGCAGCAUCUCCCUUAUUCAGGCAGGCCAUGGAGGGCAGAGACAGAGCAGAUGCCAACUUCCUCACCUCAGCUCUGACACGUACCACACAGGCAUGCUUCACAGGAGCGAGUCUGCACCUUUGCUUUCUCUUGCUGCUGUGAAGCUCACCAGGAGCUAGGACAGCCUAUGAUGUUCUCCUUAACAAAAGCACGCUUGUUACUCAGAAAAGAAGUCUUUCUCCUCUCAGUUUCUCCCCCCGCUACCACCAUGGCCUUGUUGUUGCUCAGCAAUGGGACCUAUCAAGGUUUUGAGACAUUAGCAGCUAUGUGGUGUUCAGCCAAGGGUACAUCAGGGAGGAAUAGAGCAGGGAGCCCUUCAGUUCCCAGUGUUAGAAGAUAGCAUCCUCACUGCUCUGGGGCUUGUGACUGCCUGGAGACUGGCUGAAGCAAAGGGGGUUGUGGCUAAUAUUGUAUCUUACCACUGAAAAAGAAGAAAACGCCCUCUAAAAAAGGAAAAACACUGUUAGCUCUGUAAUUGCAGGCUGGCUUGGCCACAGCCUACAUCUCUAUGAACUCAUAGAAGUCUCCAGAGAGGAUGAAUUUGCUUCUGCCAGUAAUUUGAAAUGGGUAUGGGGAGGGGAGAAGGUAAGGAGAAUGACUGCCUUGCUCCUGGUGCCCUUAAGGUGUUGUGUGCCAUACCCCACGGUAGGGAAGCAUGCUGUGACAUGCUGCAGUAUUUCACAUCCUCUCAGCAGAGAAGCAGGGUUUGAUAUCAAGGGUUCCUUUGAAAUUUCAAGUACUGAUUUGGGUCCAUAAUCUGGAAUUAGGGUGGAAGCUGAGGAGUAUAACCAAACAGUCCUGGUGUUUGCGCAGUCAGUUUAACAGUAGACUGGCAAAUAUCUCUGGGUGCCUUAAAUCUUUCUUUAAUAUACAUAGGAGUAUUGACAGCUAUUUGCCAUAAUUUUUUUUCUUUUUGCUGAAUUAUGAACAUUCGAGGGGUUUCUUGAUUAUUUAAUUGCCUACAUUGAACUGUGGGUGCAGGUGAUUUUGAAUGUAUUUGAGUUAGAAUUUUUGUUAGAUUAAGAAACAGAUACAACACUUUAAGUAGAACUUUGAGAUAUAUAUAUAUAUAUACACCUAUAAAUAUAUAUAUAUAUUUUUGGUGGCAUGUUUGUAUCCUGGAUGCAUUGUCUGUAUGUUUAGCUUAAAUGAGUCUGUAAGAGGUGGAAGCAGAGAAGACAGCAGUGGGACCUUGUAGCUAGAGCAGCCGUUCUCCUGGGACUUGUUCCCAGCUCAGCUGCCCACUCACUGCGUGACUUGGGACAAAGUCAGUUAAAAGCUCUCGGUGCCUCAGUUUCCCUAUCUGUCGCAGGGGGUUACACCCUGCCUCCCAGCAGUGCAGUGAGGCUGAGCACAGAGGAGGGAGGCAUACAUACCACACGCACACCGCUGCUGGCAGAAGCAUGGACUGGUUUGUUUUCCAAAACCAUUCCCAGCCCCGCUGGUAUUGUAAAGCGCAGAUGUCCAAGUGUUGGGUGUUCAGGGAAGGAUUGGAAAGUUGAAUCUGCACAUUGUCUAAGCUCUGUCACUGUUGAAAUGUGAGUAGGAUACGGUUUUUCACAGCGUAGGGAUUUCUGCAUAGUAGUAUCUCUGUUUUGUGUACUGGAAAAGAAAAACAACUUUUUGAAAUAAUUUCUACUAAUAUGGAAACAGGUAUCUGGUUGUGCUGAUCUGAAAUUUUAUUUGUUCAUAAUAAAAAUGUUACUUUAAAA